AUGGGGCUUGCUGACUGUGAGGAUCAACCUCGACCACAGUGUAUAAGCUGCUAUGCAGUCCCUGGUGCGAUUUCGCGCUGCGCGUCUGUGCUGCGGGACACAAGUCGUUUAUCUCCGUCCGCCUUCUCUCGCCUGGGUGCGUGCUGCCACCCCGUGGAAGAUCCGGUGGACACGGACAUGAGCCCUCUGAGGCCCCAGAACCAUCUUUUCGGUUGUGAACUGAAGGCCGACAAAGAUUAUCACUUUAAGGUGGAUAAUGAUGAAAAUGAGCACCAAUUAUCUUUACGAACGGUCCGUUUAGGGGCUGGUGCAAAGGACGAACUGCACAUUGUUGAAGCAGAGGCCAUGAAUUAUGAAGGCAGGCCAAUUAAAGUAACACUGGCAACUCUGAAAAUGUCUGUACAGCCCACGGUUUCCCUUGGUGGCUUUGAAAUAACACCCCCUGCGGUCUUACGGCUGAAGUGUGGUUCAGGGCCUGUGCAUGUUAGUGGACAGCACUUAGUGGCUGUGGAGGAAGAUGCGGAGUCAGAAGAUGAAGACGAGGAGGAUGUGAAACUCCUAAGUAGGUCGGGAAAGCGUUCUGCCCCCGGAAGUCGUAGCAAGGCACAGAAAAAAGUAAAACUUGCUGCUGAUGAAGAUGAGGGUGAUGAUGAUGAUGAUGAUGAUUUUGACGAUGAGGAAGCGGAAGCAAAAGCUCCAGUAAAAAAAGGUCAAGAAUCCUUCAAAAAACAGGAAAAAUCUCCUAAAACACCAAAGGGACCUAGUUCUGUAGAAGACAGUAAAGCAAAAAUGCAAGCAAGUAUAGAAAAGGCGCAUUGA